AUGGGGAAAGCACGUGUUAUUUGUAUCGUUGCGCACGUCUCGACAAGCUCAUACGUCGACUCGUGCGAUUCUACCACCACCCCUACCGAGAUUCUCGCCACUAGCGUCGCUACUACCACCGAGAGAAAGGUAUUGGCUUCUCCUACCGUGGAGGUGGUUGACAGCUCGAAAAUCGCAGUACCAUCGCGUACAUCGAGUACAGUGCCCGCGAAUGCGAAAUACACUAGCGUACAUCGCCGGCCUGUCACGAUGUUACUCGCGGUGAUCGCGCUCCUCUGCGCCGGUAGUAGUGCCGAGGUGUUCACUAACACGUUCCUCGUGAAGAUGAGGCAGCCCGCAGAGAGACACGUCGCCGAUCGCGUGGCUGCUAGGAACGGAUUUGUCAACCUUGGACCGGUAAGUUUCUCACUUUCUUUAUUGUAGAAGCAAUUACAAUAA